AUGGUCCAUAUGCUUCUGGAUAUAAUUCCCAAGAUUCUGUCCAACUGCCCCAGGAAGGACAUAUCUAGUUCUGUACUGUCUCCUUUUCCAACACAAAAGGCUUUGCUGUUGUUGAGCUCAUGUGUGACGGAUAAAGAAAGAAAACUGUGGGAAAGCUUAGGAGACGCUUGGUUAAGAACAAGAGCUGAUUGGCCUAAUGCUAAGAUGAUCCCACCAUAUAUACCAGUAUUCUCUGAUGGAUGGAUUCCUCCAAAUAUAAGCUCAGUAAAUGGACAAGCAAAGGUCCAACAAAAUCUCCAGACCCCACCCACUCAUCAAAAUUUUCAGCAAGUACCCAUAAGAGUUCUUUACGACUUUGAAGCCAGGAAUGAACGCGAACUGUCAGUUAUGAAAGAAGACAGAGUAAAGGUUUUAGAUCAGAGCAGGCAGUGGUGGCUGGUUGAAAAUUCUCAGGGGCACAGGGGUUUCAUUCCAAGCAACAUACUGGAGAGCACAGACAAUGGACAGUUGCCAGAACAGUCAUUCAUAUCAUUAAAACCAAGUUCA